AUGGGGGCAAAGGAUCCGGCGUCUCGACUUCACGUUUGGGUCAUCGUCAACCCGACGAGUGGCCACGGGAAGGGCAAUGUGCUGCUGCGCCGUAUCGAAAAGGCGUUGCAGCGGGAAUUCUGCGACGGUGUUACCCGAGUGCAAACCGCCAGUGACAUUGUGCCACGAAACUCACAGCCAUCAUUAUCACCCAAAUAUGAUUGUGCUGGCCCUGCAUCUGAAUCUUGGGAUGCCGAGGAGACAAUUCCUCUCUUAAUAGAUAAAACACUACCUGCACGACAGAGUGGUGCGUCUACCGCAAAAGAUGAAGCAAUAAUUAAUUACGUUCGACAGGGAGGUCUGCGCGUUGAGAUCAUCACAACAGAGAAGGACCUGCAUGGAGAGCGAAUCGCGGAGCACAUCACCAGGAAUGUGGUGGCUUCCCGCGUCCGUCGUUGCUUGGGUGGAGCUGCACGUGCUUCACAUGCAAUGACGGAUGUGAGCAAGUCAGACCCGCUUCAUGUGUUUGUUCCUGUUGGAGGCGAUGGAACUUUGAGUGAAACCGUUAACGGUAUGUGUCGUGGCACCCUUCAGGCAUUUCGUGAAAGCGCAUUAACUCGCACAGCCGGGGAACUUUGUGCUGGGAGCUGUUGCUAUUCCUCAACGUAUUAUUGGCAGCUGGUAGAGGAUAAGUCCAUAUUACGGCAUUUCCUUCCUACUCUCAUCUACAUCUCAGCAGGGACCGGCUCGGAUUUCGCCAGACUGAAGUUGUGCUGCCGCAAUGAGAUGGAGUUCGUCGAUGUACUUAGAGGGUUGUGCGGCCAGCUUCUCUCGCCCGCACCGUCACCCACUCCCUCCUCGCCGAAGGAAGAGUAUACUCCGAAUUGUCAGAGUAGCAAUGAAGAAGGAAAGGAUGUAACGAGUUCCUUCAGCAUCACACCUAAAGAAGAUGAAGCGGCAUCAUUUGAGUUUGAGGUGUACGACGUGGAUGUCGGUCGUGUGACAUUUCCCCGCAGUGGACGGAACUAUUUCUUCAUAAAUGAGUUCUCAUGUGGAAUGUCGUGCGACGUCAUUCAGAAGUGUGAAAAAUACAAGCGGAACAAGGUCCUCUCAGCGGCUGGAGGCACAGUGAUGUUUGCCACUGCCUCCAUUGUCUCGGUGACGCAAAUGAGGCCGACACCGUUUCGCCUUGCCCCGCUCCCAGAGGCAGAUAACCUGCCGUCAAGCGCCGCCAUCACGCGUCGCGUCGCCAGCGGCAUGUUGCACCAGCACAUCACCGCCGACGAUGCGGCAUUACGCGGCGUGCAGUGUGAUCUUCUUUGGGCGCGGGAGGCCGCCGGCAACGCUGCGCUGCCGCCCACCGAACCGCUGCGUACCGGUGGUAACUACUACGUCUACAGCCUGAAGGCCGCGGAAGUGUCGCCAGAGAGUGAUGCUUCGAACCGGGAUGCCAACGGCUGGAGCGAUGCGGUUUUCGUCAACCCGUUCUACACCGAUCGGUGGAGUCAAUAUGCCCGGAAACCGGACGAAAUAGUCGCUGCGUUGGGCUCCGCCGACGCACACAACCGCUGGGUCUGCAUGCCGUCCUCAACGCUGGUGUUCGGCAACGGGCGGUGGUUUGGCGGCGGGCUGCAGGUGACACCACACGCCAAUCCGACAGACGGGUUUCUGAGUGUGACAAACUGGGUGGCGGGUUUCUUCAGCUUCGUCUCGCGUGCUCCAUCGCUGUACAACGGUAAGCACACGCGCUGGUCGAGCACCACAACAUGGAACACGACACGCUGUAUUGUGGACGUAGACGCGCGGGCUCUCGACACGUCCGCCGCCAAACGCAAAGCGAGCACCGAGGAGGCGAUGGCGCACUGCGAGACAGACGGUGAGCUGCGAGAGCAACUCCCUGCCAUUGUGGAGUUAGGUGGUGUAAUUACACUGCUCGUGCCUCGUCAAUGUGCAAAAAGAAGUGGGCGUGAUGGCAACAGCGGCAAGGAAGAAGCUAAGUCGCCAGGUUGCUCGUGUGGAUCGAUUUUCUCGCGCUUCUCACGCUGGCUGCGCGGCGGGGGAGACAAGCGUGGUGCAGCAGAUAUUCCGCUCAGAAAGACUAUCUGA